AUGUUCCUUGCGCAUGACGCAGUUGAUGGCGAUGGAAGCACGUUCUCCCUGACGGCUCGAAACCAAAACGAGGCGUGGCUCCAGGUCGACCUUGGGUUCGCAGCCCGUAUACAGGAAGUCGAGGUGUUACACCGGUGUGAUGUCACGUUCACUCGUCCACACAGAUUCCACGUCUUUGUGUCCAAUGUCUCCGACUUCCGGUUUGGAACUUUAUGUCUCUUCGACACGGGAAAUACUAUCCCUAACCCUGUGUUACUGCCAUGCGCACAGAGUGGCCGGUAUGUGACGUUCUACAAUGACCAGUCGACUUCAGAAGGUGGAAGCUCCUCGGAGGCAUUUGUGGAACUGAUAGAGUUCAGAGUCUUCGGCUGUGAGGCAAACAAAUUUGGUCAGAAUUCCUGUCUACAAAAAUGUCACUGUGCAUCUGGCUGUAACCCUAAUAACGGCGUGUGUGACGUGCCCGGAUGUACUGCAGGCUACAGAGGAACAAAAUGCGACCAGGGUUGUGACAAUACCUCUUUUGGCCCAGAUUGUAAUCACACGUGCCACUGUUCGACCCCCGGAUGUGAACUCGUCAUCGGACUGUGUAACAAACCCGGAUGUAAAGUUGGCUACGUUGGUUCAGCAUGUGAACUUACUUGCGAGGAAACGAACUUUGGAGAGAAUUGCAAGCAUGAAUGUCACUGCAAGACGCCGGGGUGUCAUCACGUGACAGGAAUGUGUAACACGCCCGGAUGUGAAAUGGGUUAUUCGGGACAAACAUGCAGUAAUGGCUGCGAACGACAACAAUUUGGAUAUAACUGCGAAAAUACGUGUAACUGCGCCUCUACCGGAUGUGACGACAUCACGGGGGUCUGUAAAGAACCAGGAUGUAUGAAGGGAUACACGGGCGAAUCGUGUUACAAAUCUACCGACGAAAAUGACUCGCCUGCACGAGCUGGGAUAUCGUUUGCGUUCCUCCUCACUGUUAUAGGGAUAUGUGGUGUAUUCGUCCUCAUCCUAAUCCUGAGUAUAGUUGUUUGCGUAAGGAAGAAAAAGAAGAAGAAGCGCUCUCCGUACGACGUAUAUGAGCACGCCAUAUCUACAGCCAACCGUCCAGAUACAGGAAUACAUGGACGAACAAAUUUUAGUCGAAAUCGUGAGCAAUUUCAAGCUUAAUGAAAAGAUGACAUACUGACCUUCUUGUGGAAAGGGUCUGCAGCCGAUGUUAAACGGAGCCAUAUUUAUAGUUAUGUAUUUAAACUUUUAUAGAAUCUUUGUUUUCUACAUAUUAUGCCUUAUAAGGAAACAUUCUUUUAUUUUCCAUGCAUCGUAACGUAUGAAAUAUGAAGGACCAUAAUUUAUUUGACGUGUAUCAUGACUUUUCGAAACAUGUUUUGACGUUUACUGGACACGUUGUAUAAGAUACAAUACGAGGGACAUUUAAUAAAUUCUGUCGCUUGUAUCAGGAAUCAUAUAUAUGAUGUAUAUAGUUUGAUUGUUUGUUUCUAUUAGAAUCCUUCGAGGUAUCCCCCUUAUCAGGAACGUAUUUUGAGAUCGCGCUAUCCAUGACAUUGACGCUGCGCGGUGGUCUCCCCUUGGUAUACCUGCAAGACACUGCCCAGAGCACUCCUAGAGGCAUACCGUUUUUCAGCGAGCUUUUUCUUUAGUAAUGGAAACAGGAAGAAGUCCAAGGGGCUUAGAUCUGGUGAAUAGGUUGGGUGGUCAGUCAUUGCUAUCUUCCCUUGCUUAAACAAACGCCUGUACAAUUUUGUUGUUGGGUGAUGAAUCAUUGUUGUGAAUUAGCUUGAUGCCAUUCAACACUUUACUUGGACGCUUUUUUAUGUAUAAUCUUUUGACAGACUUCAGUACUUUGUGUUUAACUUAGCAGUUAUAGUUUUCCCUUCCGUGCAUGGUAUCAGAUCCACAUGCCAUCUAGAAUUGAAAAACACAUGGUAUACAAAACGUUCUUGGUGCUUUUUAUACGUCUUGCAAUCACUGGUCUUUUUAUCUCUUGAUAACCAUUAUUAAUACGCCUCUGGUGUUCUCAUCCCCUGUAUGUUACUCUCUUGAAGCUCUCUUGAAUCGCAAUUAUCAUGCUUUUGCAAUAUAUUUUAGCACAUUUCAAACGUUUGACGUUUUGUUCAGAUGUCAGCAAAUUGGAGAUCCAUCGGGCACAAAGCUUCUUUAAUUGCAAGCGCUUGGUCAGAAUAGGAUGUGAACUGCCUUCUGAAAUGCCAUCCAUAUGAGCUUUCUCAGAUACAGUAUCACGACCAUCAUCUUAAUGAUUGUUUUCACAGAAGCUAUAAGUUUUUCUUUGAUGCUGCAACUACCUGGCUGUGUGUCCUUUUAGAUGUCACCUUUACCAUUCUUUAUCUUGUUCAUCCAUCCUACAUGAAAACAGUUGUUCUCAAUGAGAACAGAGGUGCUUUCUGUAAAGCACACUGUGCUUCGAUGGAGGAGCAUACUUCAGAUUCUGUCUCAGUCUUCAUUUUAGCAUUGAAAGUAACUACUAGUCUCCGGAUGCAUACCAAUUAACAAUGAAUAACUUGUUCAAUUCUUUUCGGAUGAUGUCGAAAAUGUGCACGUGUAUUGUUCUUUAAAUGUUUUGGAAGGCCGCCAAGGCGCUAAAGUAUUGAAUUGUCCGUUCGUACUGGAGCUGUGUGGUGACAGAAUUUAUUGAAUGGGCCUCGUAUUGAAAUAUUGUUACCCAACCCAGACUUUUGAAAUUUUGUGUUUCAUUUCGUUUAUUUGGUGUCCCAUUUAUUACCAUUCUCUAGUUGUAUCUUAGUUAACACUUUAUAAAUGACCAAUAUAAUACUCUAUUUUGCGUGUCUACUAGCUGCUUUAUAAAAAGUUCUUUUUACACAAGCAAUAAGAGUUUCUAUGUGACGUUUCGAUGACUAGUACGGUAUGUACAGUCACCUUAAUCAGACAAGUGACCAGUGAAGCGUUUGUACACAAAGGUGUAAAAUGUGUACGAGUUGUCCACAAAAUCGAUGUCGAUUCGGCUACGCUGUAAGCGUAUGUACACUAGUUGUUAUGUAUGUAUUCAAAUGACUCGAUUCAGCUACGUUUUGUUUAAUACUGGGUCAUAGAUGUGCAAGAGUCUAUGAGUCCCCACAUCUCGAUUUAGAUAUGGCCCAAUGCAGCGUAUCCAGAUGGCUUCCUUUAUCUGCCGCUUGGACAGGUCAUUUAUCUGAGGUAGGUGACAGUGUACAUACCGUACUAGUAAUCGAAACGUCACAUAGAAACUCUCCUUGGUGGCGUAAAAAGAACUUGUCAUAAUCCAUACUUGAACCUGAAGAAUCCAAUCUGAAAAAAAAUCUUUAGAAAUACUUGCUGCUUUUUGAUGGAGUCCCUUUGACCUCUGUUAAUAGACACACGCUCUGGUGAUACCUUAAAAUACAUUAAUUGAAAUCUUAAGACCUCUGUUGUUUUAUUAUAGUAAAAACAAAAAUGGUGUUCCAGAAACCUAAUAGGAAAUAUUAUUAUUUUUCUUCAAAACAUUUGUUCCAUUUAGGGUACCCACAAGUUAAGUUUGUUCAAAAGCAAAAAUCUCUGUCAUUCUAAAGAUAGGAAAAGAUAGUAAGACAAGUUUUAUUUUCAAUUAAUGAUAAUCAAAGUUUAAUGCCCUUUAAACUUUUGAUCUUGCAUAAAAGCUAGAAAUAGCGUUAUUCCUAUGGAGUUCUUUGAGAAAACAGCCAUUCCGGGUUGAGUGCACAGCACAUACAUUGAACUGUGUACAGUGGCAUUGUACAAUGCACAGUGUUGUGCAAGAAAGUUUAAGUUUGACGACACGUGCCAAUUAAAGACACGUGCUAUUUAUCUUAUAA